UAAUGUUACAUAGAUACAAAAAAAACAGUUCAGUUAAAUGAGUAAAAUUUAGUAAUUGCAUCAAAAGAAGCAUACUUCUUGUUUGUCAUUUUGUUUUAAAUGGUAAAAUUAUUGUGUUUUAAUUGUGGCAAGUUUUCUCCACAUCCCUAUUCAUGAGCAGUCUGUAUCUACUCUGGGAGAAACCCUGUUUCACACUUCAAUAGUGUACAAUAUAAAGGCAAGUCAUGCACUGUACUGUACAGCAUCCUCUGGGAUGUUCUGUACUGAGGGAGAGCGAGAGAGACAGACAGAGAGUGUGUUCGUGUGCGUGCGUGUGCGUGUGCGUGUGUGAAUCUGUACUGCUUAGGGAUACCAGGGGGAGAGCAAAGGCUAUAAUCAGGAAAACAAGGCAUCGCAUGACGUUAUCUUUACAGAAAUUGGACUAUAGGAAGCUGGAAUACAUCAAGUAUUUAGUUAUAGAGAUACGUAUGCGCUGAUGUUAGGUGGUGUGCUUUAACCCUGGCUACUGUAAUACAUUGGAAUUGACUGCACAAGGGAACACAUCCUGUUAUUUUAUAUAAUAACAUUUUUAAAAAGAAUAAUAUGAACCUCACUAUUCUGGAUUGCCAAUUCUGAACAUGCCCACUGGCCCAUUUUGCCUUCUGGCUAAAGAUUUUUGAAGCAGCUGGCUCGCUGGGGCUGGCUGACCUGUUGUGGUGUUGCCGUGGAAACAUUUGCAGGGCAACCAUGGCAUUUUGACUGCGUAAUAAACAAUAGGUGGCAGGUCGUGUAUUGUAAUGCUGCAAACCCAUGGAGAAGCCUUUCUUUAAAUCCGGUCAUUGUUAUUUUAUAUAAUAUACCAUUCAGGAGUGCACAUAUUUAUUAGAACACCCCAUUGCUUCUAAAAACGUAAGAGAAAACGAACAUAUAGCCACAAAUAGAAAAAUGCAUGUGGCUUUUUAGAAGUUGUUUAAGAUGCCUAAUUAAAGCACAAAGUGGUCUAAUAUUUCACAGGAGUUCCAGUUGUUUCCAGUAUGUGAAGAAACUAUCUAAAACAGCCAUGGCAGUGGAGGCCAGGCCAGGCCAGUCCAGGGAACUAACCCCACUGCUCAAGCGUCUCUAGUAGUUUGUGGCUGCAGUCUCCACCGCCUGUGCUUGACCGUCAUUUGGAAGCUGUAGACUGUCUUGUCUGGAGGUGAAGUCUUUAUAUUCUCAUGAAGUACCGUUAUGACAAAUAUUAGUGAUUUGGAGGGUUUACCAAAAUGAAUCUGACACACAGGACAGUGCGAUGUAGCGCAGGAAAAUUAAUUUGGUCAAGUUGUUAGCUAAUUUGUCUUUUACAUAGCAGUGUGCUGGAAAGCAGCAUUUAAAAUGAAUAUUGCAAUUAGUCAUCUGUAUCGCAAUGCUGAUGCAGUAUAAUUUAGGAUUAAGGGGUCAAGACAGAUGCCCUUUGACCUCAUGUUUGCUGGAUGCUGAAGUGCGAUGCGUCAUCAUUGCCACAAACCUGUUUCAGAAGUAACUUUCAGCAGCCUAAGAGAAAAGGAAAGAUGGGGAAAUAUGAAUCUCCUGGAGCUCAUUAAACAUGCGUGCGACUGUCACAAACAGUUAAUGGCUAACAGCCAGCAUAAUGCUGUCUUUCCUGCCAGAGUUCACAAGGCAUGUUUCCAUAGAAGAAAAGAAAAUUGGAACAUCUGGCAUAAAUUAUAACAGCAGCCAACCCACUCGGAGUAAUCUACAGAUCUUGCGUUUUAAAGUAUGGGACGGAGUUAAGACAAAGUACACAUUCAAGCACUCGACUGCAAGAGCAAUGAAGAGGGCAGAUUUCAGAUUUGUGGAGGAAUGAUUUUAAUUUUGUAAUUUUAUGCUGGCAGGAAUUACUGGCUGCAAUACAUAACAACUCAAAAUAAACACGGAGGCCAGCAUGUGGACAACCAGUAAACAAAGUAAGGCAGAGCUAGUUGGGUCCCAGCGUGCUUUGGAGGAAGGGGCAGAUUUGCGUCUCGGCAGGUCUGGCUCUGUGCAGGUUUUCCGAAGCAGGCUCCCGGACAGGCUGAAGUUCGUGUGAGCUGCUCCAAGGAUUCCCAGUCUCCACACUGCUACACCAUCCCCACACUGAUGUCCUCAAAGACUGACGAUCCCCCUCGAAGAGCUAGCUCUGCAGAGAUGGACUGUGAGCACCAGACCGAGCUUGCAGACAGAGUUGCAGCCAUCAACAUGAGCUCUGGGGACGGGCUUUCUAAUGGAAAGAAGGGCUUGCAGGCCAACGGGAUGAACAAUGGGGAUGGCAGUACGGGCAACCCUGCCGAGAAAGCCGCCAGGAGGCCCGUGCUGUCCAGCAGGAAGCUGUCUCUGCAGGAGCGCUCGUCUGGAAACACCACCGCGGCAGGCUCUGGCUUCGGCCCAUACGCAACAGGGCCUUACUCUCAUGUCUCACCCAGAGUCGCUCGCAGGCCGACCAUCGAGUCUAAGCACAUCUCCAUCUCAGACUCUCAGGACUGUGUACAGCUGAACCAGUACAAGCUGAAAAAUGAAAUUGGAAAGGGCUCCUAUGGGGUGGUAAAAUUGGCAUACAACGAAGAUGAUGACAAAUACUACGUAAGUACAGCGACAGUAUCAAACCCUUCCUAGCAUUAUUCACUGUGUCCCAGUCUGAGCAAGAACCUGACUGGCUGUAUGCCAAAUCACUCAAACCCCCUCCGUUUACAGGCAUUGCACCGUUUCACACAAGCAGGACUUAAGAACUAGCAAAGGUAGAUCCAGAUCUGCAUACAGCAUGUAUAAAUUAUAAAAGAGGACAU